AUGUCAGUGCCUUUCUCAAACACCCACCUGCGGGUCCCGCGAGGGUUCGGUACCAUCCUGGAGGGACUGGCCCGGGAAGUCCUGCGAGACCAGCCGGAAGACAUUCCUAAAUAUGCUGCACAACAUUUUGAUGCUCUUCUCAGGCAAAGAGAAGGUAAAUGAAAUUUUAUGCAUGGCAAAAUUAAUACAACAAGGCGAUUAAAUGCUGUGAGGUAAUUAUUUUCUACUUGUAGAGAGUGGCAUGGACCCUGCUGAGUGGGCUGCAAAACUGGAAGAUAGGUUCUACAACAACCAUGCAUUCAAGGCUUCUGCUGGGGUAUGAAAUGAGUCAGCAGUGCAAUCCACUGCUCUCGCAAUAUCUGUAAAACCUUACCUCUGUUUCCUCAAGUGUGCAUAUAUGAUUACACAUUUGUUUUUUUCCCACCACAGGCAAGUCAAGAGAAAGAACCAGAAGUGAAUCUUUCCAAGUGAGUGUCAUUUUAUGUGCUGCCAGCAGCCAGGAGAUUCAACAGGAGAGGGAGAGGAUGAAGUGAGAGGAAGAAUAGUGAAAAAUCGACAGGGGCAGAAGAAUUUAGAAUAAAAUAUUUUAAUUAUUAAAUAUCGAGGGUUGUUGUGUAAAAUAUUCUGCAGACAUGAUUUUUUUUAACCCCUAGAAACCAUGACGGCCAUUAUCAUAGCAGCAGCAGUGAGAUUUUGGUUUGCAUGCAUUAACCAGGCUUUCUGAAAAGAAAGUACAUUGUCGCUAGGGCUGGGCGAUAUAUAUAUAUCAGUCGAUAUCGCUUUAUAUCAUGAUAUAAAAAAUGAAAUUUAACAGUGCUUAUUGAUAGCAUGUCUUUUGCAAUACAAUAAGCUACUGCAUAUGUGAGGUCUUUGUGUCUUUUUAACGUUGCGUCGUAAGGCUUUGCGCUACAGAAGUGGACUGAAUGGUCAACUGUUUCAGCUGCACAGGUGCCAUGGGCUCCUUGUUUUGCUCAGGGUUUGUAACCUUUUGCAUUGCGCGUGCUGUGUCCCGUGGAACUGCUUCAGGCAGUGAAAAAGUUUUGAGGUAUUACCUGACUUUGCAGAACAUGUACUUGACAUAAUUUGUAGUGCACAUUACUCUGCUUCAUGUCCGACCUCAAAAAAACAAAAAACUUCCACACCACCAAAGUUUUCAUGUAAGUGUUGUCAACGAUGUCGUCAUCUGUUGAGCCGUCAUCUGCAUUUCUGCCUGGGGUAGCACUCAGUUUCUUUUUUUCUCACCCACAGUGCUGUUGGCUUCACCUGUUAAAGUGCUAUGGUUGCAUGUAGCUGCAGCCUGCUACUACGCAGUUUUUGUUACUUGGUUCUAAUUCAGCACAUGAAGCAGACCCCGAGCAACUCCCCUUUGGCAGAAUGCUGACUAGGGAAAUUAAUUUUUCAAUAUUGUUAUCGUUUUAUCGCCCAGCCCUAAUUGUCUCAAAACACUGGUUUAUUUCAUGCUCAAAUUUUCCGAACAAUUUAAUGUGAGGAACUUCUGUGGCAAGUAUAGUUGUUGAACAGAGGCCUUAAACCAGGAGCCAACAGACUGUCAGCCAAGAAAGCGCUGAUAGACAGUGAAACUUUGCAGUGGCAAAGGUGAGAAAAGAGGGCGGGAAAAGAUCUGCAAGAAGACAGCAACAAGGUCCAGAGGAGAAUUACAGAGGAGAGAAAUAAUCAUCACUUAAACUACUGCUCUUGAAUUUCUACUCUCUAUUUCUCACUGUAUAUCUUUCUUUUUUAGAGAAGAUUCAUAUGAAUCCCAAACUGAGGAUGAAUCCAGUCACUCAGCAGAUGUUUCAAAUCUUUCAUCUUUACAACCUACUGCCUCAAAAGAGACAGAUUCAACUGAAAGCACACAGGAAGAAAAGGAGGUUCAGGAGGAAAGUUAUAUAACAAAGAAACAAAUCAUUUCAUUGCAAAAAGAACCUUCGGAGGAGGAAUCAGACGACAGGCUCCCUGCUCAGGACAAACAGCCAGGUGAACUGAGUGAGACCAAGGAGGAGGAAGCUCAAACAAUAAUUCCAUUUGAUACAGUUGACAGUGCUGCUAAUGAAAAAGAUGGCAGCUCUCUUCUGGAUCAUGAUACUCAUGACUCUGAGUUAGAUGCCACAGAUUCAUUCAAAGGGGUCUCAAAUUUAGACGUGUGUGCUCAGGAGUUGGGGCUAGCAGAAGACGGUGAUAUAAAAGAGUCUGCGGGUGAAGAAAAGGAGACUGAAGAUUUAGACAAGCAGGAAAAAGCUGAAAUUGAAGAUCCAGAGGAGGUCCCUCCAUUUUCAGGCGUAGCUGAUGUUGAUAUUUGUGCUGAAGAGCUUGGUAGAAUAGAAAAAACAACAGAAGGAGACACUGCAAAGGAUGAUACACUAUUCAUUGAAACAAAAAGUUCAGCACCUCAACCUGAAAGAACUGGUGAAGAAUCAUCGCUGUCUGAAUCUGAAUCCCCCCGGGGCAAUCUACCAAAAGCAGAAGAUCAGGCAGAAAUAACGGAGGAGGAAAAAGAAGAUACUGGGGAUACUUUAAGGGGAAUACAUGAAAGUUUAGCCCAUAUGGGGGGAGGUAAUGCCUCACCAAAGGAGGAUUCCUUGGUUGAGAUUAGCUUUGAAGAUGUUCCAGAAGCUCAGCAGACUAAAGAGGAUGGGGAGAAACAGCCAGAGGAGGAGGAUUCAGCAGAGGACUUAGAUACUGCACUAUCAGAAAUGCAACAGGGGGAAGAAUCAGAGGAGGUUACUGCUGUGGAAAAAGACCAAAAUAUACUUUGCACAGGAGGUCAUAGUGAACCUGAGGUGUUGGUUAUUGAAGAAGAAGGUAAUACUGGAGAUCAGGACAUAAAAAUGCAAGAGACAUCAGAUACAGUGAAGGAGACAGCGAAGACAAAAGACAGUGAUGAUGAGGGAGAUGAAGUUGGUAAAAGCAACAUUUCAUCACUCCAGUUCACUCCAGAGUCAGAUGAAGAGAAGCUGGAGGAUGAAAAUGAGGAGAAUUGGCAGGAAUCUGAAGACAAAUUCUCCCAGCAUGAGAAUUUCAUAAAAGAAAUGGAGAAUUCAAAUGAUCCUGAUUCAAAAAACAGUGUAACAACAGGCCUGUUGGAGGGAGAGGAGGUGGGCACACAAAGAGAGGAUUGUAGUGAGGAUGAUCAAGAAGUUAUAAAUGAUGGUGCAGAAAAUAUUUCUUCUCAAGUUUUACACUCAGAUAUAUUAGUUGAUAGAGAAAGUGAAACUUUUGAAACAAAACCACAACUUUUACUCAAAGAAAUCGAUGAAAGUCCAACAGAACUCACAAAGUCCCUUCCAGAAGAUUCAGCGGCAGAAUUAGAGGUCACAUUGGAGGAGGAAACAUCACAAACAGAGGAACCUGAAGAGGAAGGAAAGAUGGAUUCUUGUGUACAGGAGAGGAGUGAUGCUGUUUGUGAAGAGAGCAGCAUCAGCCAUACUCUGAGUGAAGAGCAACUCCCCCAUGACCACCCAGGAGGGGAAGUUCAGCUUGAGUCUGACAAGGACACCUCAGAGCCUAAAGGCAACGGUAGUAACAAGGUACAUCAUGGUGCUUUUUAUUCUGCUCAUUACAUUUUAUAGAUGAAAACUUUUACAAAAAGAAAAAUAGUACAAAUAGUUUAGCCUCCUGAAUGGUGAGAGGCUGUUAAAAACAUCACAAUUCCACUGCUUUUAUCAACAAGCGGAGGGAAAUAUUCACUUUCAGACAGCAGUGUUUUUAGCUGAGCUACAGCCUGCUCUGCUUCCACUCCUGUCUCAUGUAGCCUAUAUAAGUAAACCUUUCAAGGGCAGCUCUGAUCAACAGGGGUCCUCAUUCUUCCCUGCCUGGACUCUCUAGGGGCAGAUGAUUGAGAAUACCCCCAAAAUAGUCCCUUUUCUGUAUGACGUAUGCAGGUAGCUCUGAUAAACUUUGAAUGUCAUCAACAGGGGUCGUGUUCAAAACCCACCCAAACUGAUUCAGUCUUUUACUCCACUAACUGUUUUUGAUUAUACACAUGGCUGAACAAAGAUGCGUGCUCUACUUCAUGCUCAUAAAACUGUAACACUUUGGCUUUGUUAGCGCCGGAGCCACGGUCCCCUCACUGCAGCCCCUUCUGAUUGAAACCAGAUACAGUAAUCUAUCAUCGUAAAAGACAGACGGAACAAUCUGUCUUGUGAAUUAGGCCUUUAACAUUUUUACUGCUGUCAGAGUUAUCCCCGUCUGAUUUGUCUGGACCAUCAGAGCUCCAAACACGUAAAGGAGGGAGUGUAGGAAGGGGUACUAAGAAUGUUUCCAUGGUAACCCCUCACCAUCCUGCUCUCUUUUAGUGUCGUCAUGGAAUUAAUAGGCGAUGGUGAUGCUGAUAGUUGCUAUGCACCAUCUGUAUCAGUCAUCUACCUUCAAAAGCACUUCCUAACUGAGUGAUUAGACAGGAAAACAACACUUUUGUUUUAGUAUCCACGCUUAAUAGCUGGGUUUGUUUCAGCUGGAACAAAACUGCAACAAAACUGCUCAGUGUAACAGUCAGCCUGUCUUACAGUGUGCCUGCUGCCGUGUUGUAGAAGUCUUUUCUUAGUCUAUUUUUUAACAUUUUGUUUUUUACUGUGAAGCUGUUGCACUUGAGAUUCUUUUGUCUACAACAAUAAGAGAGCAGGGACACAGUUUAAGCUAUGAUAUAUGUGUAAAUCAUGCUUGUUUAAGAUGCAAAAAUGAUUAAAUAAGCAUGAUUGAUUGCAUUAUAUUUAAUUACUGUUUACAGUGGUUGAGAUUCUUAUAAAUGAAGUUAGUAAACCAUUUGAUAAAGCACAUCUGCCGAGUGAAAUUAGUCACCAUGAGUUCUAGUUAGCAAAACAGCAGGAGGGUGUUAAUGUCAGAGAUAAAACUCAGAUAAAUUGACGUUCUGUGUUUCUCUCCCUCUCCGUCUUGUCUCUGAGGCUGGCAGAGGAGUGUGGGCGGCCAUACCAGCUGGGAUCAGAGGGAUGGAGAGGGCUGUUAGCUCACUCUGCCUCUAAUAAAUUUAUAACACCUCCUGGUGUAAAGCAGUCCAAGAUGCUUACACUGUUUUGUUUUCACGCUAUUAGUAGAAUUUGAAAGUCAGCAAUUAUUGUUUUAUGACCAUCUGGCUUUUACAUAGUAUUUUUGCGUCUGUCAUCUGUUAUUUGUGGAGUUUUGUUGUUUACAUUGGUUAGUAACACUGCAACUUGUGAAUUUGUGUGUCGCUCUGUUGCGUGUGUUUGUGUUUUACUGGGUUACAUAAGGGCUGUGUUGUUCAUCAUGACAUUUGUGUUUAAACUCUCAGAUAUGGACUCAUCCAGUCCUACUAUUCAGCCCCAUUAGUUUCUCCAGCCUGUGCUUGGUGACUGUUGGGAUGCAUCAGGAUCUGUAGCUGUAAUGUGAACACAGUAGGUCAGCAGCCUUAAUGAGCCUGAAAAGAUGGAACACAUGCUGUCAUGUUUGUAGGAGGUCUCUCUUUCCCUCCCUCCCUCUUUCUCUCCUCCAUUCUCUCUGAGACUGUAUGUCUCUCUCUCACUCCGUGCGUGAGCGGGUGUUACUGAACAUACAGUGAUUGUUAGUAAGAGCCAGUGAGGCAUUUGUAUUAUACCGGAGACACCCUUGAAGAGUGUUUUUUGGGUCUGCUUAGAGAUCGAAGUGCUCAAGUCGUACUAGGUCAGCUCACCUGAAGACCGAAGUCAUCUGAGAGAGUGAGACAUGGACUGUCACAAUGUAAGUAGAAGCUUCUUAUCAACUUUUCUGGAAGAUUCUGAUAUUUCACUUUAUUCACCAAUCAGUUCAGCAGAUAGAUUCAAACACUGAUUUUCACUGAAGACAUUCACUUGUAAUUUUUGUACUGCCAUUUUUGUGUUGCUGUCUAUGCACAUUACUGUGUAUUAUUUUGAGUGGUAAAUUGACUACAGGUGAUUAAGCACUUAAGGUUGAACUUAUUUAACACUGCUUUGAAGCAUUUAUAGUCUUGUGAGGAUACCACUGAGUGACUUUUGCAUCAGAAUAUUUGAAAUUAGAUUGUGUCCGAUGAAGUCUUUAGUCCCUGAGGCAAUCAAGUCAAUAAAAAAACACUGGGGUGUGUAGCCAAUACAGUUCAGCAGAGCAGUCAGGUAUCAGUGCUUCUGUAAAAGGAGCUGGUUUUGGCUGCUGUGAGAGCAGUCAGACAUAGAGGCUAAUGAAUGUUGGCUGAACAGGUGGGUGGUCACACUCCUACACUGGAGGGGUUUCACUGGAGACAUGAUGCACAGCUUCAUCGAGGUGGUGGGUACGGUGGGUUUAUUCUGUGGGCUGCCUUUGUCUGAAAUGUCAAUCUGUUUUCUAUAAGCAAAGCGCAGGGAGUAGCCGAUAUUUGUUUGCCUCAGAAUGUGAAAUGCUGUUUACAUAACUUGUCGACAGCCUUGGCGCUUUUCCACCAACACUUUAUGACAAGCCAGAAUUUCUCUUCCACCCACCCGACGUUUCCUCCGGGACAGUGGAUGCUGUUCUCUCAGUCACUGAAAGAGCUGAUGGUGUUGACGACAGCAGCAUUUUCGCUAGGUCAUCUUUUUUGGGCACUGAGCUGCAGGGCAAAAACUUAUACCACAUCUUUCAAGAAGUGUUGAACCUUAUAGUUGUUUAAAAUGAGAUAAAGGUUAGUAUUAAAUGGAUUGUAAAUUUCUAAUAUCAGAUUAUUAAUUUUUUUUUAACCAGAAUUUUAAGCGGAAUAAUUAAUUAUGUUAAGUCACCAACAGUUUCUCUUAUUAAGAAAACUUAGACCUUGUUUUUUGGAUGAGAAUCUUUAGAUUUCUCAACCUUACAAAUACAAAGGGAGAGGGAGAGAGCAGACUAUGAAAAUUCAUUAUGAAAUAGCCUGACUCAGACAUGUUCUCACCAGCAGUGUUAUUCAGUCCAUGACAAGGGGAGAAGUGGAGAGAAAAAUGGAGGCAAUGUAGAUUAUUGACCUUCUGAGAGCCUCAUUGAAGUCAUGUAAUAAUAAGGAUGAGCCACUCUGCAGCUUGCACACAUCCCUUACUGCCUGAAAGAUGGCAUUGAAAAACAUCUAUUCUCUCACCAGUGUUGUAACAAAACACAACCUUUUCAUAUCAAACAUGCCUCAUCUCUGUUUGUAAUUGCUUCCCUUUUGGUCGUGUCUUCAGGAGGAGUGCAGCCGGCCUCAGGAGGAGGAGGACAUCAUGGACAUCCCCCUGGAUGACCCUGAGGCCAACAGAGCCGCUGCAAAGAUCCAGGCCGGCUUCCGUGGUCACAUGACCCGCAAGAAGAUGAAGCCGGAGGACAAAACGGAGGGGGAGGAGGUGAGCAGCACAGGGGAAGUGCUCAACGGCAGCCAGGGGGACAGAGGUCAGUUGUGUAGGACCAUAGGGUAAGAGUAGGCCACAUAAUGCCACGACAGAGGGCAUUAUGGAUAGUGAGGGUAAGGAUGCUAACAGAAGCUCCCAUCAGGAGCUGUGACUACAACAGGUAAGAGAUGGAGAGCUUAAGUUGCUAUUUGUCAUAAAACAGUAGGAUACUUUAGAAAAAUUUGACAUUUAGAGGGUGCUCUGCAUGUUAAGCACUCAUCUUUCGCUGUGCAAGUGUCCCAUUUUAAAAUGUUUGUUGCGAAGUUUGUUCUCGAGAGGAACGUAAGAGCACAGUGCCACAACACAAACCAAUUUACCAUCAUCAAACUAGAAAAAGAAAACAUUUAAGAGCUAUACAUAAUUAAAAAACCUAUUAGAGGCCCUUAUGGGUUAGCCCAAGUGUGAUUAAUGCAGUACAUAACUGAGUGACUCAUUUAAUCACACCAUAGGGUCUCCAGCUAGAGAUGAUUGAGUCUUUCAAUUACUUCUUCUGUUUAAAGGGGUUAUAAAUGAUUCUUUUUGCUUUCUGUGCUGUGAAAUAGCAAGACAGAAAAUAUAUUCACCAGAGGUUUGCUUUGCUGGGAAAAUGUCAAGCAACAUUCUCCUGGUGGUAGACGUGUUUUUCUCUUAUUGUAUAACAACGUGAAUCAGAAAAGUUUCAGUCGGUUUAAGAAUUGAUUUGCUGUUUUCUCCUUAGGGUGUCGACUGUUUCAGGACAUAAAGGCUGCCUUUAGAUUCCAGUUAUAGUUUUCCACUUUUCUCAAAAGGACUUUUCUUAUGGAAAACAAAGUCAGUAUUGUAUGAAAAACAUAUGGAUGAAGAUGUCAACUCAGCUCGUAAUUUGUAUUGUCAAUCUAAUAUUUUGAGAAAUGGGGGAUGCUUUAACUUCAAGCCUUCAAAAUAUCAUCUUAACUGCAUUUUCAUAUGAGAAGUGCCUAAUACAUGGGCUCCUCUUUACUGCCUCUCCCUAACCCAGUUGCCUGCUCCAUGCACACUUAUGUAGGAGAUGUAUUUAUAGCUCCAGGUGCAUGAGGUAUAUACUGUGUGUUACAGUGGGCCAGGUAGAAUUAAUGGACCUGUCCAAGUAGAACCAAGCAUCACGGGCACCUCCCACUGGGGGAGACCCCUUUCUCAUCCCCGUAUUCAGGUUUUAUGCUGUCCCAGCUUUACUUUACUAGUUGAAAUAAGGAGCAACUUAGUGGUAAGUUUUUAUGUAGUGUGUUUAUGUAGCCCACAUGUAACCUCACACUUGUAAAUUGGAACAUUGAACCUCGAUUCAAAGAGAGUGUAUGGAAACUUCUCUCUAUUUCUGUUUAUAGAAGGAGGAUCGAGGGCAGUAGAGAGGGACGACACAUCAGUGCCAGAGCAGUGA